AUGCUAGUAUUCUUCCGCGCUCGCCCGCCGCCGAGCGAAACGGGUCUGCUCAAAAUUCCGCGCACGUCGCCCACUGCUACACAGCGCUGCAAUCUUGGCCGAGAGAAAAUAGAAAAGCCGAAGAAAAUUAAGUCUGUCUGGCGUUUACUGUUCCACCGCGCCAUCCUGAUGUCAGGUUCAGCACUGAGCCCUUGGGCGUUGGUUCGCGAGCCGUACCGCUUCGGCCGGCAGGUGGCUCGGCACGCCGACUGUGCACCUGAUAUGCAGGCGCACCUGCUCAGGUGCUUGCGUGACCGGCCGUUGGCGCGCCUCAUGUCUGCGCCCAUUCAGGCACCUGAGUUCGCCGCUGCCUUUGGGCCUAGUGUCGAUGGCGUCGUCAUAGAUUCGGGACUGCCUGAGAAGAGGCCUCAAUCUCAACAAGAUAUGCUCCACAACGCGUUCCCAGGUCAACCCGGUCUCCAACGAUCAUCGUCCUCAUCAUCAUCAUCAUCAUCGUCGCAAUCAUCAUCAUCAUCAAGCCACGACCAACAUCAGGUGCACGGCGGAAUGAGCACAGCGCAGGCGCGAAAGAACAUGCUGGCAAAGAUCAGCAGAUACGACCUGCUGUUAGGCGUUGUCAAGGCUGAGGCAUUUCUAUCGUUCACCGGUGAUGACGUCACGUACGGGAUUGAAACAGACCGUCGCACUAGGAUACUGCGCACCUAUGUCAAGAAUACUUACAAAUACCACCUGUCGGAGAUCCUAGCGACGAUCGUGAACGAGUACACAGACUGGGAGCGGCCCGUGCAGCACCCCAUCAACAUCCGUGACGAGACGCUGGAGGCGCUGAGUGAUGCGAGUACGGUUGCACCCGUCGUUCACACGGCAGACAUGCACGCCACAUCCAACCGACAAACCUACCUCUAUGUCUUUGACUACCAGACCAAGUUUGGCGACUAUAAUCAGAGACUAGGCUGUGUCCAUGGCGAAGAACUGCCUUAUAUGUUUGGAGCUGCACUGGUGGGGGGUCUAAUGCAUUUCCCUCGCAACUACACGAAGUCAGAGAUGCUGUUAGCCGAGGCCACAAUGAUCUACUGGAGUAAUUUCGCCAGAUCCGGAAAUCCGAAUGAGCCCCAGGACACUGAACCAGUGCAUGGCAUUCGACAAGAGAAGAACAAAUUCAAGAAUAUUGAAUGGUCACCUUAUGAAUCGCUGCAUAAAAAGUACCUCAGUUUAGACACAAAACCUAAGGUGAAGAACCACUACCGAGCUCACCGGCUUUCGUUUUGGCUGAACCUGGUUCCUGACCUCCACCGACCUGGGGGUGACGACGUCCCAAGGUCACAUCACCAACUCGACAACCUUGACGAUUAUCCACAACAUGUGCAAACGACAACCAGCAAAAGACCCCCCGACACCACACCCAGCCACUCCUCAGCUGGUGGUGGAGGAGGAGGAGGAGGAGGAGGAGGCCUUUCCCCCUCCACCAACUUCGACAACUCGUCACUAGGGGUAUUUCUGCCUCCUGUGGUGGUAGUCGCGCCCUCCUCAGCCGAUCGCAGCGGUGGAGUCCACUUAGGUGAGGAGGGCCAGGCCUCCUCGCAGGCUCAGGAUGACGGAUUCGCGGCCUACUCCACGGCGUUGAGUGUUACUAUUGCUAUCGGUUGUUCUCUGCUAAUCCUGAACGUGCUGAUCUUCGCGGGCGUCUACUACCAGCGUGACAAGACGAGACAUCACCACCACCACCACAGCCACGAGGGGGGCGGCGGGGUCGGGAGUGGGGGCAGUGCCGCCUCCAUCAACAGCAACGGAAGCAGUAAUGGGGGCACGCUUAAGAAGCGCCAGGAGAAUGGCGGACCAAUGAGCAAUAUCUGCGUCACCGGAGGCGCAACCGAACUCCUCCAAAUCAUGGAGACACGCACGGCAAGCAACGUCUCCUCGAUCCUCAAGUCAGACCCGACUCUACUAGUACUGCAACCGCCUCACCACCACCCCCACACACUCCACCCCCACCACCGCCAGCCGCCUCCCGAGUUCGCCGACCCGGGGGCGGUGCCCAAACCACCGCCUCCGCCCAAGACCCAGAAGCCACCCGAGCUGAAGACGGCCGAAACUCAACCGCUUCUGCCGCCUCCACACGGAAGCAUACAGCUGAUAAACACCAACCCCGGGGGCGGCACUCUCACGAGGAAACAGGUGAAAACUAUGGAUGAGCUGAGGGUGUGACAGGUGGAAUUUUGUCUGCCCCAAACUGAUUUCAGUGCUUAGAAACGUGUCAAAAAACUUUCAAUUGAGUGAAAAACUUACUGCCGUGGAAAAACUGUUAGGUUUGUGGGAUACUGUCGGUUUCUGUCUGUCCUAAACUAACUACUGUGCUUGAAAACAUGGUUGAAACUGUGUGAAAGAUUUUCAAUCAAAAUCCGAGUGAAGAACUUGUAAUUAUUGGGGUUCUGUCUGUCCCAAACUGAUUACACUGCUUAGAAACAUAGUUAAAACUGUGUGAAAAGACUUUGAAACUUACGAUCGGUUUGAAAUACUGUCAGGUUUUGUCUGUCCCAAUCUGACUAUUCUACUUAGAAGCAUGUCAAAGACUUUCAUAUUAAGUGAGAAACAACAUGAUUAGAACUGUGGGAAAUACUUUCAAUUAGAAUCGAAGUGGAAAACUUCCUUUCGAUAUGAAAUACAAUUGGGUUUUGUCUGGCCUAAGCUGACUACACUGCUUAGAAAAGUGUCAGAAACCCUCAACUAAAGUGCUUGAAAAGGUUGAAACUGUGUGAAAGACUUUCAAUUAAAAUCGGGAAAAAAUUGGUAUGAGAUAAUGUUAGGUUCUGUCUGUACCAAACUAACCACAGUGCAUAGAAACGUGAAUGAAACUGUGUAAAAGACUUCUGAUUGAGUAAAAAUACUGUGGAUUGGAAAUACUGUUGGGGUUUGUCCACUCCAAACUAGAAACACUGCUUAGAAACGUGUCAAAGACUUAUAAUUGAGUGACAACCUAACUGUUGAUUUGAAAUACUGUUUGGUUCUGUAUGUCCCAAACUGACUAAAGUAAUUAGAAACAUGGUUAAAGCUGUGUGGAAGACUUACAAUAUUGGAAUCUGAGUGAAAAACUUUUUUCGGUUUGGAAUACUGUUGGGUUCUCUCUGCCUCAAACUAACUACAGUGGAGGUGGAAUAAAAACGAUAUUGUCAGCUCCACAUAAUUUAUUUGAGCCAAACUCAAGUUUCAAUGCACUAAGGCAUCAUCUCCAGUGGUCUUUUUUGGUUAGACUGUAGUGUAAAUUCUAACUACAGUGCUUGGAAACGCGUCAGAGACUCACAAUUGAGCGAAAAACUUACGAUGGGUAUGAAAUACUACUGAGGAAUUGUUACAAAUACUUCCAAUGGGAGAGAAAAAA